UUUGAAGGGAGCCGCUGAAAAAAUCAAAAGAUGCCGGACCACGCACGAAUGCCCAGAAAUCUGUCAUCGAAUAAGAUCGCAAAAACGAUCGCCGGAGAGGAUCUCGACGAGGAAGAGGUUCUGGAAAUGGAUGCCGGACAAAGUGCCCGUGAAGAGGGACGUUUUGUGUUCGAAUGCGCUUGGGAAGUGGCUAAUAAGGUUGGUGGAAUCUACACUGUGCUCCGCAGUAAGGCUCAAAUCAGUACCGAAGAGCUCGGCGACCAAUACUGCAUGUUCGGACCAAUGAAGGACGGAAAAUGGCGGCUUGAAGUCGACCCAAUUGAGCCCGAAAAUCGGACUAUUCGCGCCGCGAUGAAACGGUUUCAGGCCGACGGAUUUAGAUGUAUGUACGGAAGAUGGUUGAUCGAAGGAUAUCCAAAAGUGAUCCUUUUCGAUUUGGGCUCCGGAGCCGUCAAGAUGAAUGAGUGGAAGCAUGAGCUCUUCGAGCAGUGCAAAAUCGGUAUCCCACACGAGGAUAUCGAGUCGAAUGACGCUGUGAUCCUCGGAUUCAUGGUCGCCCUGUUCCUCAAGCAUUUCCGUGAAUCUGUGACCAGCUAUACGCCUUUAGUUGUCGCACACUUUCAUGAAUGGCAGGCUGGAGUUGGACUUUUGAUGACUCGAUUGUGGAAAUUGGAUAUUGCGACGGUUUAUACGACGCAUGCGACACUUUUGGGAAGACAUUUGUGUGCUGGUGGAGCUGAUUUGUAUAAUAAUUUGGAUAGUUUCGAUUUGGAUGCGGAAGCGGGGAAGAGAAAGAUCUACCACCAAUACUGCCUGGAACGUGCCGCGUGCCAAACUGCACACAUCUUCACCACCGUCUCCGAGAUCACAGGGCUCGAGGCUGAGCAUUUCCUGUGCCGAAAGCCCGAUGUGCUCACACCGAACGGUCUGAAUGUUGUGAAGUUCGCAGCGCUCCACGAGUUUCAAAAUCUUCACGCUCAGAAUAAGGAGAAGAUUAAUCAAUUUAUCCGCGGACAUUUCCAUGGUCAUUUGGACUUUGAUCUUGAUAAAACCCUCUAUUUCUUCACUGCUGGCCGCUAUGAGUUCUCGAAUAAGGGUGGUGACAUGUUCAUUGAAUCAUUGGCUCGUUUGAAUCAUUACCUCAAAACUACCAGCGAUCCACGUCAUAUGGGGGUUACGGUAGUCGCUUUUCUGAUCUACCCGGCGCCCGCCAACUCGUUCAACGUGGAAUCAUUAAAGGGACAGGCGGUCACUAAGCAGCUGAAGGAGGCGGUUGAUAGGAUCAAGGAGAAAGUCGGACAGAGAAUUUUCGAUAUUUGUCUGCAAGGACAUUUGCCAGAGCCGGAGGAGCUCAUGUCGCCUGCUGAUAAUAUUUUGCUGAAAAGAUGCAUCAUGUCCCUCCACAACUCGAGUCUUCCACCAAUUUGCACACACAAUAUGAUUCGAGCAGACGAUCCGGUGCUCGAGUCUCUUCGUCGAACAUCUCUGUUCAAUAAACCAGAGGAUCGUGUGAAAGUUGUCUUCCAUCCAGAAUUCCUGUCAUCUGUCUCUCCACUAAUUGGCCUGGACUACGAGGAUUUCGUGCGUGGUUGCCAUUUGGGAGUAUUCCCAUCUUAUUACGAACCAUGGGGAUAUACGCCAGCCGAGUGUACCGUAAUGGGAAUCCCGUCGGUCUCGACGAAUCUCUCUGGUUUCGGAUGCUUCAUGCAGGAACACGUCGAGGAUCACGAGCAAAAAGGAAUCUAUGUGAUUGAUCGGAGACAUAAGGCGGCGGAAGAGUCUGUGCAAGAGUUGGCACAGGUUAUGUACGAUUUCUGUGGACAAUCUCGUCGUCAACGCAUCAUUCUUCGUAAUUCCAAUGAGGGACUCUCCGCGCUGCUUGAUUGGCAGAAUCUUGGAGUUUUCUAUCGUGACUGCCGCCGCCUCGCCCUGGAACGUCUUCAUCCCGACGUGGACAAGAUCAUGCGUGACAAUGAAGGAAAAGUGCCGUCAGCUGCCACGUCACGCCGUCCAUCGAUUCAUUCCAGUGAUGGAGAGGACGAUGAGUAGAGAUCACAGGCUACAGUACUCCCCCUUCUUCAUUUUCUACAGUAAUCCCCUAAAUUGUUCUUCCCGUCUUGCCAUAGCCAUAGCCUCUUCUUAUUAUACCGUUGUCUUUUCCCGUCACCGGCGCCUUAUCAUUUCUCUUUUGAAUAAGUUCCCACUCCCACCCCCACAAAUUUGAGAUUUUUAAUAUGUUCCUAUAUGAUUCUUUUUUUUUUACAAAAUAGACCCAGUUUUAUUUAUAUACAAGAUUCCCCGUAUUCCAAUCAUCUCCCAGCAGCUCAAAUUUUAUUUCGCAUUUUGCCACAGAUUUAUACAUUUAUACACAUUUAUAUAUCCAUUUUUUUUGCACCAAUUUUUCUUUAAAAUUCGUAUAAUAUAGUAGUAAAAGUUUAGUAUUACUCUGUA